AUGUCGCAUUAUAAAACUUUUCAUGAAAAAUUAUAUUAUUACGACACGAUUCAUAUGGCAAAAGUCGUAGCAGCUCAUGCGCUUACAUACAAACAAGCUCGGCAUGCUGAAUUAUGUUCACCUCAUCUGUUACGAUCCAUAUGUGGUCAUAAGACCCUCGUGGGCUGUCAAACCACCUUUUGCCGAAAAAUCGACACUGAAAUGUCAACAAGAACGGAUGCAAAGGGUCAGCGAGAAAGCCUAUAUUUUAACGAGAAGAGACUCCCAUAUAUUAUAUACCGGAGAGGUUCCCAUCGACAGGAAUUGGGUUUUGCUUUGUCUCUUUAA